UCAGAAAUUGCGUGACCGUCAACGAUAAUAAAACAAUUUAGGAAGUGAAUUGAACAUAUCUGUGUGACCUCAUAUGAUCCAAUUACCGGUGCUACCCACGCAAGGAACAAUAACAAUCAUGAAAUUGACUUGACUCAUUGGAUAUUCAGACGCGAGGGUGUACGGUCGUGCUGUUUAACAAGCAGACAAUGUCUCGUCCACGUCCACAAUGGCAGCUGCAGGCGAUGGCGGCACAGAAGCGAGACAAUGAGCUCCGUCGUGCUGAGGAGAUGAAAAAAGUGGCGAAUUACUUUGAGUUGAAUACCAACAAGUCUAGACACCAUGAGCAGUGGACCACUGAAGGUUACUAUGAACGAGCUAACAAAGAAGCUGAGUUGUUCAGUGAACGGAAGAUAAGGGCUGCGCAACUGGAGGAGCGCCGCAAGAAACUGGAGCUGAUGUUGUUUCAGGAGAACAUGCAGUACCAACAGGAACUCAGGGCUCUUGCAGCUCAACCCAAGUUGUUCAAAAACGGAUCAUACCUGAACAACGUACCAACAUCGGCCUUGAAGGAGAUCAACCAGGGCAUCAUGGAAAAAGAGCAGCAGCUUCGCAAACACGAGGCUGAGUUGCGGCUGCACCAUGCGUGGAGGCUUCGGCAACCAGAGCUGCGCGCCGCCAGGGACUACCUCGCUAACGGGAAGCUCAAGUCUGCCUGGAUGGAACAAAUAAUAGAGAAAGAGAUGGAAAAGAAGAAGCAAGAAGAAGAGACGCGCAAGACUCUUCAAGAGAGAGACGAGGCGCUGCGCAGGCAGAUAGAGAUAGAAGAACAGAGACUUAAGGAAAAGGAGCAAGAAAUGAGGGAGCUCCGUAGCAGUCUGGAAGGUCAGAUAGCCGAGUUAAGUGAAAAGGAGACAGUUGUCAAAAGGCUACGGAAGCAGGAAGAAAGAGAAAGACUGAUCCUAGACGAACUUCAACUCAUAUCGAGUGAGAGGGAAGGAGAAUUAGCAAGACUGACGGCAGAAAGAGAUGCAAUGAUCGUCAAUAUGGGUUUACAUAAGUACAAGUUGAAAAGGAAAGUGGUAUCCAUUCUAAAAGAAAUAGAGUUGGAUUUGGAAAUGUUGGAGAAAAUUAGAAAAGCUGUUUUGAAGGACUACGAAGCAGAGAAGGACAAGAGUACAAAGUACAAGCGAGUAUUGGACGCGGCGCUGGUCGAGCUGGAGGAACAUCGCGAGAGAGAGAGACAGCGACAGAGGAACAUCGACGCCAUGUAUGACGGAGAAGCGAGACAGAUCAACGACAAGCAAGAUAAGUUAUGGGCGAAAGAACGCGAGGCGCGUGCAUCCUUGAUGCAGGAAGUACUGUCGGCCCUCAAGAGACAAGUAGAAGACAAGAUAGAGGCGAGCAGACAGCAGCAGAAGGCCAAUGUGCUCGAGAGAGAGCAGAUCUUGGAACAGAUGGACAGCUAUCACCAGGAGGUAAAGGCCAAGGAGCGGGAGACACAGCUCAAAAACUCAUCUUACUCAACAAUAACGGCUCUGCAAUCCCAGCUGAAUAGUUUGAAAGUCCAAAAAGAACAGAUAGAAAAGGCAACGGAGAGAGAAGCGACCCUCCGAGAGGCAGUUGCGCAUGAGAGUCAGAUCCGAGGGGAGAUAGCUCGUAUGCAGCGCGAGGGCCACACUGAGGCGUGGACUUAGAGAUGAUACAACAGUAACAGUUACAACAACGAUAGUUACAACAACGAUAGUUACAACAACGACAGUUACAACAACAACAGUUACAAAAAUAAUGAUCACAGUUAAAACGGCGUAUGAGAGGUAGGCGCCGCCGGUACGAUAGGCAACCUUGUGUGCAGAAUCGUGCGCCAGAGUGUCAGAUCCGUGAGGUGGAGGUGAAUUAUAACAGGUUGAGGUGAUGGAGAGAUAUAGGUACGACGCGAGAUACCGUGCAAGCAGCGCGAGGGUAACGUGUGAGUAACAUUAAAAAUAUUUACUACAACGCCAGUUAGUGUCAUAAUAGUUACAACAACGACAAACAUUACAAUUUACAACAACAGUUACAUAAUCAGUUGACACAACAACAUCUACUACAACCAAUUAUAAAGAUGAAAGUUACUACAGCAGUUAUAGCGAUGACGAAUAAGACAACACAACCUGUUAAUAAUUGCGUUUUCUUUUAGUGCUAAAGCUCAAACUACCGCUAAUAUCGUAGGCUGUGUAUUCUAGUCGCUUCUAAUAGACAAUUCAAUGUAUUGUGCCUUUACUAUUCAUAUUGAUAUUAUUAUAAGCAAUCUUGAAGUACCUUUGAUAUUCGUUAUAUAAGCAAAGUUGUUCGUAUCCGUACGUAUAAGUAAGAUGAUAAAAAAAUAGAGUUUUUAUGAGACUGGUAUAAUAAUAAACGAAUAUGUUUAGUGAUAAUAAAUAAAAGAAAAAAAUAAAAUAAACAUUUAUCGUAAUAUGAUGUGAUUAGAUAAAGAAGAAAUAAAAAAGAUAAUGAAAUAUGGUUAAAAUGUAUUUUUAUAUUAGGUGUUCUGCGUGCUGUGUGAAAUGAAAUGUGCUGAUUUAUGGUAAUAAAUUUUUACUUUUUU